AAGGGAUAUCCAGCCUGGACAAAAUGGAGAGGUCUUGUUUUCUGUUGCCACUGAUCAGACUUCUAGCAACAAAACUACUUUACCUGGUCGCUGGGGCGAUGAAACUGCCAGCAAACCGGAGGUUGAACUUGUGUUAGAUGACAAUUGGGACAAUCUCUCAAUUCCAUCUUGGUGGCCUUGCCGUGUCAUCAAAGUUCGUGAUGACGUUGCUGUCGUGAAACUCAACGUGGUCCCACCAGCCAAUGCAACUCCCUCAGAGAUUUCACUCUGUACACAGCUUUCCACCGUUACUGAUAUUGUGAGUCGUAAAUCUUACGUCAACCCAGUGACGAUUGUCCAUGCCUAUCACCAGAUAACAUCCAUCGACAUCGUAUCGAGAUCCCAAAAGAGUUGGCAGAUUUUGCUUCUGAUACUUCUGUCCAUCAUUACUUUUUGCGUCACUGUGGUGGUUCUGUAAGCGUAUACUACGAUAAUGAGUCGUCCGGCUUGAUCGUGUUGACUACAGACCCGGUUACAGCGAAAAAUGUUGCCUUGUUAGAGGAUACGCAUUUGAGAAUGUUGCGUCAAAAAUGGGCUUUAACUCGAAGCCUGCGACAAACUAUGCGGAACCUUGAAGUCAAUCGAGGACCAGAUUUGUCACGACAGGUAGGUAAAGCCAGUGGAGAUUGGAACAGUGAUCCUGGUUUAUUUGUCGAAAAGUUCUAUGUUCCUCAACGUCUAAUGGGCUUAGCCAUAGGAGCCCGUGGGGCAAAUAUUCGUUCUGCUCGAGAGAUUCCAAAUGUAGUUCGGAUUAGUUCAUGGGAGCCUAAUGAAUGUGGCCCCAGAGAUCAUGAUCCUGUCGAUAAUUCUGGAGAUUACGACGACGCUGCAAUGUUUAUUGUGGAAGCCAAGACUCAGGAAGCAGCAAAGCAAGCCCGUGCAAAAUUAGAAUAUGCAGAAUUAUAUCUGGGUGUUCCACGACGUUAUGUGGGACGUUUGAUUGGCAAAAGAACUUCUAAUAUAAUGUCAAUUAUUCGUAAAUCCGGUGUAAUUCACAUCCAUUUGGAAGAUCGUAUUGAAGGCCCGAUAUCUGUGAGCGAUGAUAGUAAUCAAUCGGAAAUUAUCAAGUAUUCUCAACCAGGGCGUCCAUUGCCAAGCACAAUGCGCAAAGUUUUCCUCAAGGCUGGAAGUAGUCAGGCAUCAUCUCAACCACAUGCAGAUGAAGAAUUUGGUGCAUUCAUACUCGCUGGUACAAGAGAUUCAAUUGAGAAGGCUCGUCUCUUGAUUAACUUCCAAAUGGAUUAUUUUUAUGAUCUGGAGAAAAUGGAGAGUGAAAAACUUGAGUUAAUGAGGACUUUAUCUCAUGGUGGUGCGGAUUCUGGACCGGGUUAUCCACUUCGUGGUGCACCAUCUGGUCGCUGGGGUGACCGUGGUGGUAUUGCCAACUAUCCUCGUGGUGGACGUGGACGUCGACCAGGUCGUGGUGGCCUUCUGCAUCCUCCAAUGAAUGCUAAUGGGGGUCCUAAUUCUUCACACUACACAGAUGAUGAAAACAUCGGUAACCCAGUACCCUAUCGUGGUGCAAGACGAAUGCCUCGUGAAAUGUAUGGCCAGCGGGCUUCCGGUGGAAGAAUCCCUCGUCAAGGUGUAAGGAGCGGUCGGCGAAUGGGUGGACCAAAUCGGGACUCUGAUUGGAAUUCUCACGCCAGUGACAAUGGUGAUGUGAUUGAUCGUCGUCGUGGUUCCGAAGACUCAGAUGUCUUGGAGUCCAACAACUUGCCUGAUGAGAUGACAGGGGAUCGAACAAAUGGUGGUAGACACAACAGGGCUACGCGCCCUCCACCUGCUUCUAAUGGAUUUUAUUCCGAUAAAGAGCGGGGUCAUGAAAGCGAGGAUACUCUUAAUCCAGGUGAUGAGAACAACUUUCCAUGCGGUGAUGCAUCAUCUUCAGAUGAUGGAGGUUGUGCAGUAGAUGGUAUGCGUUCAAGGGUGAACAAACCUGUACAUAAUCGUUCUAACACUGAAUCACACCCUCCACGUCGUUCACGUCAGAGCCGACCUCAAAAAUCUGAUCACUGGAAUGCUAACGUUCAGUUAAAUAACACUGAACCAUCUGCUGGUAGUCAAAAAUCACGUAGUGGUGGUGGUGGUGGUGGUGGUGUAAGCAAUCCAUCCAGUAGACAACAACAAUCAGCCCAAGUAUAUCAGGAAUGAAAAAAAGAUUUCUGCACACUUUAUUGAUUCACUGCAUUAUGUACCUGUUCGUCGAUCUAAUCUAAUAAACUGCAGUUAAACAACAAACAAAUGUUAUAUUAUACAAGCUCACAUGUUUCUUUCUAAGCUGUUGUUUUAUCUCAGUUUAACUACUUAGUUUUUGUUAUUUUCCUGGGAGUUAUUAAAUUAACAUCUGACAAAUGUUGUCAAAAUUCUCACAUUUGUUCUAUGCUAUAUAAAUAGUUAAACUUGGGUUUGAGCAGACGUUAUCUAGUUCCUAAAGAAAAUCUUGAUUACUCUGCGUGCACACUGCCAACAUUACAUGUUUAUACACACAUUGGAAACCUGUGAUUAGCGUAUGUAACAUGUGCUACCAGUUGACUUUGUUGUUAUCUGUUUGUAGUAGUGUUCAUCAUCAUGGCGAUUUCAGCCUUUUCAUUUAACAUACUGUUGCAUUACUUUUAGACAAAUAAGACAUCAGGUACAUUCAUCUAUACUGUUAUUAUUCUUUAGGCUUGUCAAAGGAAAAUGUGUUGCUUUUACAACCUACUCCUAUUCAUUAUAUUCAGGUUUUUUGUUAUCCUGUGUACCAAUUAUUCCAGUUAUUCUACAUUAUCGCCUGAAGAAAAACCUGUUAUACUACUACUACUACUACUACUACUACUACUACUACUACUACUACUACUACUACUACUACUACUACUACUACUACUACUUUUCCCCUUCUGUAUUCUUAGUUUUGUCUAACAUGUGCCUUUUGGAGUCACUUGAAUGUUUUUUUUAUUUUAAGAAAGCAUCUGUUAUUGCAUACAUGUAAAGAACACAAGUCCAGUCAAUAACAGACCAAAGAUAUGUUGGUGAUGAUUUCAUCAUAUAAAUUACAGUUUGUAAAUUGUAUUCAUGUACGUGGGCUUUAUGUGUAAAAACAACAUUUAGCAGUUUU